AUGGCUUUUUUCCCUGCAACAGAAUCCGUGUUCCCAAGCCAUGAAGAUGGCCAUCUUCCAUCCAUCACAAGGGGAGGCUUUUCGUCGUCUUGCGAUCCUCAAGACUUCCAUAGUGUAUCCCAAUUCUUGAUGAGGAGAUCCAUGUCGUUUUCGGGGCUCGACCGGAGCGAGGAGGUGCCGGUCGAUGACGACAUGUCGGACGAUGGAUUGCAACUCGGGGAGAAGAAAAAGAGACUGAAGCUAGAACAGGUGAAGGCACUUGAAAAGAGUUUUGAAUUAGGUAACAAGCUUGAGCCUGAGAGGAAAAUGCAGUUGGCUAGAGCUUUAGGAUUGCAGCCAAGGCAAGCUCUCAAGGCUGAUAAUGAUAACCUCAAGACUCAGAAUAAGAAACUCAAUUCCGAGUUAAUGGCUCUGAAAAAUGGAGAAUCAACUAGACCUAUAAACCUGAACAAGGAAAAUGAGUGCAGCUGGAGCAAUGGAAGUGGAAAUGGCUGUGACAUCAACCUAGUUACAACAAAAGCAACAUCAGCAGACGGCAAGUUCUAUUCUCGUCCAAGCAACAAACUGAUUUAUUCUUCAUCAAUGGGACCCACAAGUCUAACACAACUCCAAAGUUCAUUAAGGGAUCCAGAUCUUCAUCAGGGCCACAAGAUUGUCACCAAUGAAGGGUUUUGCAACAUGUUCAGUAGCAUUGAUGAAAACCCAGAUUUGUGGGCAUGGCCAGAACAUUAA